CCGCCUACUGAACCAUCGAGAAGAGGAAGUGCACUGAACAGAAGCAGAGUCUCUGACGAAGUUUCUCCUGAAGGUUUUAAGAGCAAGUUUUAACUUUUUAACCAUGGCGUGUGAAAGUAACAGCGUGUCUGAUGAGAGGAUAGGAGAGGCCCUGAUCAGGGGGGUCAUUGAGGAGGAGCUGAAACACAGACCCUCGGAGGACGUCCCGUCCCCCACCCUCCCUGCUGUGGAACUAAAGAAUGAGCAGGAGCACAAGUGUGUGGACCAGCUGAGCACAUUGGUCCGCAAAAUUGGUGACAAAAUAAAGGACGACGUGGAGAUCCAAGAUGCAAUAGAUGGGCUUGCUCGAGGCUUCAAGUGGGACAGAUUUAAGGAAAUGGCAAACAAGGUGUUUGAGCAGGGGAUCACUUGGGAGAGGAUUGCUGUUCUCUUCUAUGUUGCCGGCAGGUUGGCAAUCAGAAUGGUGGAGGCUCAUCUGCCUCAGUCAGUGAUGGAGAUCCUGGAGUGGACCGUGGACCUUUUCAAACGUGAUCUCUUGGGCUGGAUUCUGGGACGAGGAGGAUGGAUCUACAGUUUCUCUGAACUGGCGGUGGCGUCCAUGCAGAACGCGUCAUCCAUGAGCUCUCACAGAGGAGGCCUAUUCAUCCCCUUCUUCGCCGGCAUAGCUCUCGGAUUCUUCCUCAGCUGGAGACUGACCAGAUGACAUUGAGGCGAAACUUGUUGCCGGAAAGAUGAUUAUUUUUACUCAAAUUUUCCACUUUUCCUUUUCCUACUAUUUCUCUGAUGACAAUAGAGCUGCAGCCAGUAAUUGAGAAACAGUAAAGGAUGGGGGGAAUCUGUAAUGAACAUUAUAUAAUCCAUAAAAUGUUCCAUUAUUUUUACUUUGUUAUUGUCACGUGUGUGGCUCAUAUAACUUUGAUGAUUUACAGAGCUGCUGUUAUUUUCCAUACAUUUCAUGUAUGCUAUGUCAGUGGUCUGUUACACAUCUCUAAAUAAGAGAAAAUUAAAAGCUCUGUAAUUAAAAUCAAGAUGGAACAUUAA